ACACUGAUUCCAAUGUCAAUUAAAUAAGCGAGGAAAUAAAUAAGGAAAAACCCCUCAAAAAAACGGCAAACAAAAUAAACAAUAGUCAAACUGUCGCGUAAAUAAACAAUUGGCGACAGUCAGCAAUCGCUUCAGCAUCUUCCCCACGGCUCUCAAUUUCGCCCCAGUAAAGUGGAUGGAACCCGAGAGUCAGCAGAAAAUAUAGAAUAAACAAUCGCUGCGAGCCAGCGACAGCGACACAGAGGGGAUAGCGGACUACGCAAUAAACGAGAUAACGACCUUCCACCGCUCGUCGCUGCCCCCGUUCCGAGUAGUGCUUGCCACUUGCUGCUGCCGCUGCAGCGUCUGCGUUUUGUGUGUCUGUGCGGUGUCUGGCCUAGUGGCAAGGUAACUCGAUUCGAGUGGCUUCCCCGCCGCAGUGACGGGACAGCGCGAUGCCCCAGACGAGGGCUGCGGCCGCUGAGGCAGCGGCGGCGGGCACCGUCAAUGGCCAGCCGCUGGUGAAGAUCGGCCAUUAUCUGCUGGGCGCCACGCUCGGCACGGGCACCUUCGGUAAGGUGAAGAUCGGCGAGCAUCAGAUCACACGCGUCAAGGUCGCUGUCAAGAUCCUAAACAGGCAGAAGAUCAAGAGUCUGGAUGUGGUGGGUAAGAUUCGGCGAGAGAUUCAGAACCUGAAGCUCUUCCGGCAUCCGCACAUCAUCAAGCUUUACCAGGUGAUCUCCACUCCUUCGGACAUCUUCAUGAUCAUGGAGUACGUGAGCGGCGGCGAGCUGUUCGAUUACAUCGUGAAGCAUGGCAAGCUGCAGGAGCAUCAGGCGCGCCGCUUCUUCCAGCAGAUUAUCUCGGGCGUGGACUACUGCCACCGGCACAUGAUCGUGCACCGUGACCUGAAGCCGGAGAACCUACUGCUCGACCACAAUAUGCACGUGAAGAUUGCCGAUUUUGGGCUGUCCAACAUGAUGCUGGACGGAGAGUUUCUGCGCACCUCGUGCGGCUCGCCCAACUAUGCGGCGCCCGAGGUCAUCUCGGGCAAGCUGUAUGCUGGUCCGGAGGUGGACAUCUGGUCGUGCGGCGUCAUUCUGUACGCCCUGCUCUGCGGUACGCUGCCCUUUGAUGAUGAGCACGUGCCGACGCUCUUCCGAAAGAUCAAAUCGGGCAUCUUCCCCAUACCGGAGUACCUCAACAAGCAGGUGGUCAAUCUGGUGUGCCAGAUGCUGCAGGUGGAUCCCCUCAAGCGGGCCAACAUCGAGGAGAUCAAGAAGCACGAGUGGUUCCAGAAGGAGCUGCCCGCCUACCUCUUCCCCUCGUCGAUUGAGCAGGACUCCAAUGUCAUCGACACCUAUGCCGUGGCCGAGGUCUGCACCAAGUUCGGGGUCAAGGAGCUCGAAGUGCACAACUCGCUGCUCAGCGGCGAUCCACACGACCAGCUGGCCAUCGCCUACCACCUGAUCAUCGACAACAAGCGUUUCGCAGACGACGCCGCCAAUCAGAUCAACGAAAUCAACAACUUCUUUGUGGCCGGCUCCCCGCCGCCGCCGCCAAUCAUCACUCAUGCACCGCACGAGGCCCCAGGCCAAGCCUCCGGCCAGACGCCCCUGGCCACGGUGACUGUGGGCGGCGGCACGGCAGCCAGUUCGGGCAGCGCCACACCUGUGCCACCCGGAGCGGCGCCGCCAAGCAGCAGUGUGCUGGCCGCCAUACGACCUCAUCCGGAGCGGAUUGCCCCGAUGCGCGACCGUCAGCUGGCCAUGUCCGUGCAGAACUCGGGCGGUGCGGCGUUCCCCGAGAAGACGGCGCGCGGCGGCACGCCCAUCAAGCGGGCCAAGUGGCAUCUGGGCAUACGGUCGCAGAGCAAGCCGAAUGACAUCAUGCUGGAGGUGUACCGGGCCAUGAAGGCGCUCAACUACGAGUGGAAGAUCAUCAAUCCGUACCAUGUGCGUGUGCGGCGGCAGAACGUGAAGACGGGCAAGUUCUCGAAGAUGUCGCUACAGCUGUACCAAGUGGACGCCAAGAGCUAUCUGCUCGACUUCAAGUCGCUCACCAACGACGAGGUGGAGCAGGGCGACGAUGUCAUCAUGGAGAGCCUCACACCGCCCCCGCUUAGCGUGACCGGUCUGAUGCCGCUCCAGCCGACCGGCCACCACACCAUGGAGUUCUUCGAGAUGUGCGCAGCGCUCAUCAUUCAACUGGCGCGCUGAGCACCAAACAAUUACAGUCUAACCCCCAGAUGACAGCAGUAAAUGGCAUCUUCGCCGCGGAGAAAGGGUCACCCACUCUCUCCCGGUGGCAUGACCAUAACUAAGAUUUAAACUAAAACAAAACAAAAAAGAACAGAAGAAUGUUUCGUAAUUGGAUGGAUGGAUGCUGCCAUUUAGGUCAUCCGAUAAUCCGCUACCGCGUACCGCGUUCCGCUUGACCGCUUUGCUUUAACCGAUUCUAGCCUAGUUUGUAGAGAUCUGUUCUGUUUCUAUUUUAUACACGUUGAGUUAUUAUUUUACACCCCCCCCCCUCCCCUAUUGUAUAUUGUAUAUCGUAUUCGUAUCGUAUGUUUCCGUAUACUCGUACUUUUUAUUCGUAUUUAUACCCAAGAAAAUGAAUCCGCGUCGCAUUGCACGGGAAUGCGCCAGAUGUCAGUUUUUAGUUAGUCUACUACUCCGGAGAAGGAUGUUUAAUCAGUUUUUGGGGCAGGCCAGUUCAGUUCCGUGACUAUGUUAUUCGUAUAAAAAAAAAAGAAAAGCCUUAAUAAAGCAACCAAAUAAACCAAA